CCUACCCCUUCAACGCGCCUUCUUCUUUCACCCAAUUUACGACUCUCUCCCCCCCUUCUGUCCUGAAGCCGACUCACAGAGCAGGUGAGCAGAUAUCCAUGGCUUUUGUGUUUAAACUUCCGGCGAAUCUCCAAGGAGGAAUCUCCCACUACAAUUUUACCGGUACGAGCAAAAGAGCUGUUAAUACUAGCAUUACCAGCAGGCAGAAUUCUUCCAUCCGAAUGUGUUCAUCAUAUUCCCAGAUCCUCAAGCAAUCGCCUCCAUCUACAUCUCAGAAAAGCGCACCUUGCAUAAUGGUAAACGGAUGUACUGGAAAAAUGGGAAGAGCAGUUCUUGAAGCUGCUAUUUCUGCAGGACUUCAGCCCGUUCCUGUGGCUUUUAGUAGCACUGAAGAUUCAGGGAAGAUAUUGGAUGUAGCUGGAAAAAAGAUUACAGUGCAUGCUCCUAUUGACAGAGAGAGCACUCUAGCAUUAAUCUUUGAGGAGCAUCCGGAUUUAAUUGUGGUGGAUUACACAGUUCCUGCAGCAGUGAAUGAUAAUGCGGAGUUGUAUUGCAAUGUUGGAGUUCCUUUUGUGAUGGGAACUACUGGUGGUGAUAGAGAUAGGUUGUAUAAGACAGUGACGGACUCUAAUAACUACGCUGUGAUCUCCCCACAAAUGGGAAAGCAGGUUGUUGCAUUUCUUGCUGCAAUGGAAAUAAUGGCAGAGAAGUUUCCUGAUGCUUUCUCUGGCUAUAAACUACAGGUGAUGGAGUCUCAUCAAGCAAACAAAUUGGAUCUAUCUGGCACUGCCAAGGCUGUCAUCUCCUGUUUUCAGCGAUUAGGGGUCUCCUUUGACUUAAAUCAGGUAUUUAUUAUUUGGUGGCAUCAGAUCUAGUCAUCAUAGCCAAUAAAUUUUAUAGAAUUGAACAACAAUGAAACUUGCCCUGACUUGCCAUUUUCAAGAAGCUAGAAGUAAGCACAUGAUGGGGAAAAGGGACAUAAAAAGUAAUCAGUUUAUCGGAAUUACAUGAACGUUUAAGCUAAAAGCAAAUUAUUCUAACUUGUCUUUUCCCCAUUACUCGUACUACAUUUCAUUGUUUGUCGGGGUUCCUCCCAAAAGAGUCUCUACUCCUUGGGAUAGAGGUGAAGUCUGUAUAUCCUUCCCCUGAGUGGGAUAUAUUGUGUAUGUCUGGUUUGGGAAAAUUUAAUUUGUUGUAUUGAUCAGUUUAUCUAUUUUUACUCGCUAGUUCAUUAUGACUUUUGUGACACAUCAAGAGUUGAAUGAAUUUAGACAUACAUC